GGUGAUUGGGGGGGUCUGAUCGUGUCGCUCCGCCCUGAGAUCAGACAGGAAGUGAAUGGAGACACAGACUGAGAACAGGCCAGAGUUUGACACACUUUGAUGAAAGAUCAGCUGAGCUCCAGAACACACACUACAGCAGACAGCAGACAGCUCUGGCGCGCGGCAGACGGAGGAGAUGAGACGCGCGCUCUACUCUUCUAAACGAGUUUAACUAGCUCUACACGCGAGGAGAAACGUGGUCAUGGAGCAGGAGAGCGUGGUGCAGUACGAGCCGGUGGCGGAGAUCGGCGGCGGCGCUUACGGGACUGUGUACAAGGCUCGGGAUAGAGACAGCGGGCAGUUUGUGGCUCUGAAGAGUGUGAGAGUGCAGACCAAUCAGGACGGCCUUCCUCUGUCCACGGUGCGAGAGGUGGCACUGCUCAAACGACUCGAGCAGUUCGACCAUCCCAACAUCGUCAGGCUGAUGGACGUGUGCGCCACACUGAGAACAGACCAGGAAACUAAAGUGACUCUAGUGUUUGAGCACGUGGACCAGGACCUCAGGACGUAUCUGGAGAAAGUGCCGGCACCAGGACUGCCCCUCCACCAGAUCAGAGACUUGAUGCAGCAGCUGCUGUGUGGUCUGGCCUUCUUGCAUUUGAAUCAAGUUCUCCAUCGGGACCUGAAGCCGGAGAACAUCCUGGUGACCAGCAGAGGGCAGGUGAAGCUGGCUGACUUCGGGCUGGCACGGAUCUACAGCUGCCACAUGGCACUCACACCGGUGGUGGUGACGCUGUGGUAUCGCUCUCCAGAGGUGCUGCUCCAGACCACUUACGCCACACCGCUGGACAUCUGGAGCACCGGCUGCAUCUUCGCUGAGAUGUUCAGACGCACACCUCUCUUCUGUGGAGAUUCAGAGGUGGACCAGCUGAGCAAGAUUUUUGCAGUGAUCGGCCUGCCAGCUGAAGACCAGUGGCCCGCUGAUGUCACUCUGUCCCGGCAGAACUUCAGCCCUCAGACCCCUCAGCCAAUCACAGACUGCGUUCCUGAGAUCAGCCAGAAGGGGGCGGAGCUCUUAUUGGAAAUGCUGACGUUCGACCCGUUGAAACGAAUCUCUGCGCUGAAUGCUCUGGAGCAUCCGUUCUUCACCGAAUGAGUGCUUUAUUCCCAUUGUUCACUGCAGUUUGAGGUCACAAAUGCAGCCUGGACCACGAAGAGCCCACAUACUUAAGGAGUGAAUAUUCAGCCGUACCUGUCUGUCUCUAAACGUGUUCAUCUGUGAGCGGAGCGAGUGUUUUCAGUCUUCUUCAAGUAUGAGGAGCGUGAUGAUAGACUUCAACUGUUCAGGGUCAUAUUUCUCUGCCUUUACAGUGGAUUGUGGGUCAGGGGAACAUUAUCAUUAGCAGGUGCUACGACUCCACAUUUCAGUUCUGAUGUGUGUGUGUGUGUGUGUGUGUGAAAGAGAGAGAGAGUGAGAGAGAGUCUGUGUGUGUGUGUGUGUGUGUGUGUGUGUGUGAGAGAGAAUCUGUUUGUGUGUGAGAGA